AUGGAUCUCCUGAAAAAUCUUCCAGAAGCCACGAACUCUCCCUCGCCCAAACUGGUCGACCAGAAGAAGCAGCAAAAAGCCUGUCCGUUGAACCAGGAAAGUAGUAAAACUGCGGCGGACUCGAGUCCCAAAGGAGGUGGAAGCUUGGGACGGUUAAUAGAAGCUGUGAGCGAAGCAGUUAAAGAGGAAGUGAAGAAUAUAGGAGUGACCAGCGUUUACGACUUCACGGACCAAACGACGCCAUUCCGAGGCCCCAAAUCCUUCAGCACGGUUGCGUCUUUCCCUUCCUCGUCUUCACCUUACUCAUCCUGGCAUGCGCCUCCCCCGUGGCCUCUGUCCCCUCCGUCGACGUGCGUCUGGCUCAGCGUCAAGGAGAAUGGCGGGCACUUCAUGAAUCCCGUCAAACUGCAGGGGAUUCUUGGUCUUCAUUCAGAUCAGCUGGAAAAAUCAACGAACCUGACAGUCCGAGUGGAGAACCCUCACACAGGUUGUGUGAGCAAACGAGCAGGUAACAAAGAGGACCUGGGCAUAGAGGAGCCGUCGACAGUCGGUUUCGAUUCCUCUUUCCCUGUGCUGGUGGACCCCCUCGACCCAUCCUCAGCGGCUUCGAGGGCUUCCAUCUCACUGCCUCUUCAGGUAGUGGACGCGAACAUGACUUCCCUAGUGACGCCGCGGCUCACCCGAGCUCCACACUGCGGCUCGCACGAGCCAGAGACGUGUACUCCUGCGUCAUGUCUUAACGGGGGAAGGUGCAUCAAGACUGUGAAUGGUAACAGGUGUGUGUGCCCAGGUGGGUCUUGGGGUUACCAGUGCAAAGUCCUCACUCGAACCUUCAGAGGCUCAGGAUUUGCGUGGAUCCAGCCUCUGCCAUCUUGCAUACCCACCACGAUAUCCUUCCGAGUCCUCACGAGGAAGCAGGAAGCUCUCCUUCUCUACGCUGGUCCACUCGUUCACUAUUCUCAAAGCCCUCUUUCUACUCCUACGCCAUUACUUGCUCUGCAGCUGGUUGAGGGCAAGGUGCAGAUGGUGAUAGAUGGAGGAGCAGCGCCACUCAAGUUGCAGGUGGAGAGGAGUGUCAAUGAUGGGGAGUGGCAUAGCAUACAUACGAGGCUCGAUGAUCAGGGCGCCUCCCUCAUGGUGGACCAAUUAAGUGGAGAAUUGGACGUCAACAACAACAACAACAACAACGUGAAGGACUCUCAGAGUGUUACUUGGGCACAGUGGAGAGAUCCCAAGGAUUCAGAGUUGUGGUUCAGUGGCUCUCCUAUUCAGAUCGGGGGAUUGGCCCAUAGACGCCCCACCUCAGAAGACCAUGGCUGGAAGGAGGCUCCCAUCUCUCAGCCACUGGAUGGAUGCCUCUCGCACCUGGUUUAUAAAUGGUCAGGUGAGCUGAUGGAUUUGGGCGAACCUGCUCUGAGCAAAGACAGUGUGGCAGGGUGUCUGCCACAAGAGGCCUCUUGUUCCUAUGGCUUGGGUGCUUGUGGAGUCAGAGGAACUUGCCUUGGGGGUCUAAGUACACCAGAGUGUCACUGUGAUCCAGGAUGGACUGGCCCUAAGUGUAACAGACGCACAGUCCCGGCUAGACUAAGGUCUAAGUCGUACGUGAAAUUGGGUCUUGUCGUUCACGAGCCUUCGUCAAGAAGCGUCAGCGUCCAAUUACAGUCUGGAAUCGCCUGUGCCUCUAUGAGACAUUCAGACAUUCCCGCGGAGUCAGUCUGCAUAAGUGGACGUCCUCUCGGCGACGGAUUGUGGCAUACCCUCAGAGCAGAGUGCCAGGGCCGGAAUAUGAUGAUAAGCGUCGAUGACGGAGACGGACUCAGGCAAAAUACUUCCUUACCAUCUCUUUCAAAUAACCUACCGCUCGGUGAAGGAUACCAACAAGAAUUUGAUGGUUUGAGCAGUCUGCCUCUGCCGUUUGUAAUUGACCAGCUUAGUGGUGUUACAGUGGGAGAGGGCCCUGAUCUUAGAGAUGAAGGACUCAGACAAGAUGGUGAUGACUUGGAGGGAACAUGUCUUGACGAUCUUCGAAUAUCCGCUUCCGCUCCUCUGGCACCGACGCUAAACAGAACGAGCUGGGCUGAGAUACUAACUUUCAAAAGGAUCGAGUCCGGUUGCAAAUCCAGAGACGCCUGCCAAGAUAUUGCCUGCGCCGCCCCUCUCUGCAGCAACAAUUGGGGAAGACCCAUCUGCAGUUGUGGCGAGGGGCGCCACCUGUCGGGCCGAACUUGCGAGGACAUCGACGAAUGCCUGUGGGGACCCUGUCUUCAUGGAGGCUCCUGCUACAACGCGAAUCCAGGAUUCCAUUGCGUCUGCGGACCGAGUUACGCCGGGGAAUAUUGCCAGUGGAACAAUCACCAUUCCCAAGCGCACCCACUCGCCGCUCCGACAGCAAUCGCUGCCGUAACUCUGUCCCUACUGCUCUUUGUCUUUGUCGGAGUCUUCAUCUCCUUCCGCCUAAGACGCCACUGGAUGACGAAGAAACUGGCUCCAGAAGGCGAGGCAUCUGCCACUGGAGACGAGGGCAUUAUCGGGCAGGAAGAUGCCACGAUCAUUGAAGUCAAAGGGGGCACGGAGGAAGGAGGGGGAGGAGGAGGAGGGGGUGGAGGUGGGGUAGGGUAUUCGUGCCCGGAGAAAGAAAAGCAAGUGGUCCUCGAAAGUCUCCAUCUUCAGUUGCCUGGAAUUCAGCAAACUGCGCCAAGUGAAGACAAGGGCUCGAACUCAAAUCUGGUCAGGCAGCCGCUGAGCCAAGAGUCGUUAGCGAAAGCAGCAGCCCACCUCUUGGAAGGCAGGUCACUGGAUGACCCCGUGGCGGCCAAAGAUGACCUCCGUGCUUAUGCUUACGAAGGGGAGGGGUCGUCAGCAGGCUCGCUCUCGUCUGCUCUGUCAGGCCUGAGAGUCGAACAGACGGAAGAGUUCUCCACGUCCCCGCUGGUUCCAGCAUUCCUGGACGUCAUGGAUCUCCUGAAAAAUCUUCCAGAAGCCACGAACUCUCCCUCGCCCAAACUGGUCGACCAGAAGAAGCAGCAAAAAGCCUGUCCGAUGAACCAGGAAAGUAGUAAAACUGCGGCGGACUCGAGUCCCGUAAAAAUUUCUCAGCAGUCAAUAGACGUUUUACAAGAAAAGUUCAGUAGUGUAACGACAGCAAAAACUUAGGGAUGGAUAAAAAAAAAAGAAAAUAUAAAAAAGAAAAAAAA